CUUUGAGGAGCUAUGGAUUAUUUACACAGCUUUAAAAUUAGAAGUUAGAAGUCUGCAGUUCGAUCAAUUAGUGUCUUGUAAGCUUACAAUGGACGAGUGAUUGUGACCAAUUUGUCUACUGCUAUCUCGGCACGCGAUCGACCAACACGACCAACGAGAAAAACAACACAGUUUUCUUUACGUGCAGGGAUUUAAAACAUGUUUUAAGACACGAUUUAAUGCCAUAGGCAGGGAAUUAAAUGAAAAUCUGUCGAUAUUUCUGUCCUGUAGGUGACCAUUUAUUCCUUUGAUGAUCAUUUAGCUUUGAAUUGAACAAAGAGAGGACGAAACAAAAGAAAACGACAAUGUAGACUAUUGAGAUGUAGUUUUAUGCUGAUGUAAAAGUUUCUUGUGACCAAAGAGGAAAUCAGAACACCAUGGCGCGUGUCCCUCAUAUCCUAAUUGAGGACGAAGACUUACUUACACCACGAGAACAACAGGAGGAACAAAAGUGGAGCGAGUUCUUCCAGAAAAAGAAAACAGAAAUACAAAGGAGAGAUUUAUCAUCCAGAGAGCGAAGAUCUAAAUCCGCCAGAAAAAUGAAAGAACUCAACCAAAGAUGGCGGAAUCUGGAGUCAAGAAGAAUUGAGAGAUCAAACACAGAAUUAGAGCGUCUGAGAUCUACCUUAUCUGCUGCUCAGCUGUCUAAUGGCGGACAAUCAACGGACGAUAAUUCCUAGCAUCCUCAUACGUUUAUUUGAGAUUCUUUGUUAUAUUUUACAUGCAACGAAACCAAAUACUGAGAUUUCAAUAUACACUUUAUGGUAUUUAUAUAUACGUGACUCUUAAAUCAUUUGAUUUGUUUCAGACUGCAUUCAUUUACCUUUCAUCAUAUCAUUAAUAAUUCUUCAGCUAUUCCUCUUGAAGUGCUUCCAAAGAUUCAUGAAGGUGGUAUUAAAUUUCAUAGGGAAACAUAUAAGUAAAUUUAAUUUUGUAAGAUACUUGAUUGUGUUCCAUGAUACUCUUCUUUACAGGUGAUGCAAUAUUUCAUAUCAAAGUAAUAUGGUGUUAUAAUUAUCCUCUUUUCUGGAAGAUGGAAUUGAGAGUUGAAGUGUUUUACAGUCUCUGGACUACUCUUUCUCUCUUUAUGAU